ACACGAAAAGUGGAACAAAAAUGAUGAUGCAAAUUUCAUAUAUAAUACUUUAUAGAUAACUGUGCUUAUCUAUACAGUGAUACGAAGUAAUACUUCAAAGUCAUAUAUUAUAUGUAUGCAGUUAUACAAUUUAGUAGUGUGUAAUAAACCUACCCCCUAACAUGAUGAAAUAACCUAAUUUGUGAAUUUCAUUCCUACACUUCUAUAUUUGUGAAUAAAAAUUUGAUAUAAUGUUAAGCAUUGUUUUAUAUCGCCGUUUGCUACAAAUUGGAUACAAUGAAAGGAAACCUUGGAUCAGAUCAUUUACAGUAUGUGCAAUUAAACCUCGGAGGAAAAUAACUUGUUCAGAAGAAGUUUUGUCUAACAUAUCCAUAUGUAACCCAUUGUAUCCUGCCCUUGGAGUUAGGUGUUGUAGCGGAAAUGUAAUUCAUCGGAAAAAAAAUAUAUUACAAACAAAAUCUGCUACACCAAUAAAAUUUCCACUGGAAAUUCCUUGGUUUACUGGUGGAAAAUCAAGUCAGCCAAAGAGAGAUUGUUUCCAUCCUGGUGUAUCCAGUUUAAGUCAUGAAAGUCUUGAUUUGCAAGAUAAAAAACCAGUUACUUCAUCAGAUAUGAUUAAAGCAAUGCUUACAUAUAUUUGGCCCAGAGAUGAUCCAGAAAUAAGGAACAGAGUUAAACUUGCUGUUAGUUUACUUAUUGGUGCAAAAGUUUUAAAUGUCUGUGUUCCUUUUAUUUUUAAAUACGCGAUAGAUACUCUUAAUACUCAACAUAUAGCAACUACUGGUAAUGCUCUUUUAAGUUUAGACAGUGCACCAGAAGCCAUUGCAACUGCAGCAACAACAUUACUCAUAGGAUAUGGAAUAGCACGGGCAGGGGCAGCAGGAUUUAGUGAAUUACGCAAUGCAGUAUUUGCAAAAGUUGCUCAACAUUCUAUUCGAAAAAUAGCUAAAAAUGUUUUUUUACAUUUACACAAUUUAGACAUGGCCUUUCAUUUAAGUAGACAAACUGGAGCAUUAUCAAAAACAAUAGAUAGAGGCAGUCGUGGUAUAAAUUUUGUAUUAAAUGCAAUGGUAUUUAACGUUAUACCUACUGUCUUUGAAUUAGGAUUGGUUAGUACAGUAUUAUAUCUAAAAUGCGGUGGCGAAUAUGCUAGUAUCGCUCUUGGUUGUGUUGGAAUUUAUACCAUAUUUACAUUAGCCAUUACGCAAUGGCGAACGAAGUUUAGAAUUUAUAUGAAUCAAGCAGAGAAUGAAGCAAGUAAUAAAGCAGUAGAUUCACUUAUUAAUUAUGAAACAGUGAAGUAUUUUAAUAAUGAACGAUUUGAAGCACAAAGAUAUGACGAAUCUUUGAAAAAGUAUGAAAGUGCAUCCCUUAAAACAAAUACUAGUUUGGCAUUUCUAAAUUUUGGACAAAAUGCCAUAUUUAGUGGUGCUUUAAGUUUAAUAAUGGUUUUAGCAGCUAACAAUAUUGCACAUGGUACUAUGACCGUCGGAGACUUAGUAAUGGUCAAUGGACUUUUAUUUCAACUAUCAGUUCCAUUGGGAUUUCUGGGAUCAGUUUACCGUGAAGUUAGACAAGCUCUUAUUGAUAUGCAAACUAUGUUUACACUGAUGACAAUGGAUACAUCUAUUAAGUCCAAAGAAAAUGCAAUAGACUUCAAUAUAAACUCAACAAAUUCAAAUAUUGAAUUCAAAAAUGUUAAUUUCCAAUAUGUCGACGGAAAACCUAUUUUCAAAGACAUUAAUUUUACUAUUCCAAGUGGUAAAAAAAUUGCUAUUGUUGGAGGAUCUGGCUCUGGUAAAACAACAUUGGUAAGACUAUUGUACCGAUUUUUUGAACCACAAUCUGGAGAUGUUUGCAUUAAUGGUUACAAUAUUCGAGACCUUGAUUUAGAUACUUUAAGAAGAUCAAUAGCAAUUGUUCCUCAGGAUACAGUUCUCUUUCAUGAAAGUAUCUUUUAUAAUCUUCAUUAUGGAAAUUUAAAUAAAUCAAAGGAAGAAGUUUAUGAAGCUGCCAAAAUGGCAAAUUUACAUGAUUCUAUUCUUCAGUGGCCAAAAGGAUAUGACACACCCGUUGGAGAACGUGGUUUAAAAUUAAGUGGCGGUGAAAAACAGCGAGUUGCAAUUGCUAGAGCAAUUUUAAAAAAUAGUCCGAUAUUGAUCUUUGAUGAGGCCACGUCAUCCUUAGAUUCUAUCACAGAACAUAAUAUCCUUGAAGCAUUACGCAGAGCAACUGCUGGACGCACGUCCAUUGUUAUUGCGCAUCGUUUAUCCACAGUUAUGGAUUCAGACGAAAUUUUAGUACUAGACAAGGGUAGUUUAGUUGAAAGAGGAACACACGAUUGUUUAUUAUCUAUGCCAAAUUCUUUUUAUAGUAAAUUAUGGAAAACGCAGCAUAUGGGAAUGCUUAAAUCUAAAGAAAAAAAUGAACCUAAUUGUAGAACUCCUGGAGUUUAAAACAAACAUUGUAUGAUAUGCAGUUUCAGAACACAUUGAUUAGUGAAAUGUUGUGUGUUUGUUACCUUAGCAACUGUUUAAAAACAGUUAUGGAUGCUGACUAGUCUACAAUAAGUUUUGGACAAAGCUACAAUAAUUUAUUCUUUUAAACACAAGUAUUACAUAUAUUUGAGAUGUUAGCUGUGAUGUAGAACUGACAGAUAUAAAAUGCAAACUGAAGUUCCUACACUACCUGUAGUACAUUUCAAUACCAAUAAAAACCUCAAUAG